AUGAAGAUCACGUCAACGACGGCUUUACUUCUCCUUCUCUCUACGGCUGUCACAUCUCUCAGUGUCCCUCGUUCCGACCUCACCCUCCGCGAUGACCUCUCUCACGUGAAUGACCUCGAAAAGCGCCGUGGAGGUGGCGGACGAGGAGGAGGCGGUGGUGGUAGUAGUAGUAGUGGAGGCGGAAGUGGAGGGCGCACUGGCAGCGGUGGUAGCUCGGGCUCUUCCAGCUCUUCCAGCAACAGAGGAGGCACCUCGCGCAGUGGUUCAGGCCGACAGCCAACGUACGCGGGCGGGACGUCCUACGCGGGGGGCGCUGCUGCCCCCUACGCUGCGGGCGGCCGGUCGCCAAGAGGAAUUUUCCCUUUUCUCCUGCCCAUCGGUGCGCUGGCUUUCUUCCCGGGGAUCUGGCUGUACGGGGCCUACGCAUACCCCUACAGCCACCACUACAACUAUACGAACGACACAUCGAAGCAAAACGAGUCGCUGCCGGUGGUCUGUCUUUGCCAGGAGUAUUCCGAGUGCGGAUGCGACGACAACAACAACGGCACCUUCUACCGGGAUCUUUUCAAUGGCACCGUGCCCAAGAACUCGAGCGAUGUCCGGGUUGUCAAUGUCAAUGGCACCGAGACUAUCUACAUCAACGGGACCUUGCCGAAUGGGACGACUCUGCAGGAUCCAAAUGCGUCGUCUGCCUCCAAUCACGCGGCUGAAGCGGCUGGAUAUUGGAUGAUGGUGGCCGUGGUGGUUGGUACCGUGUGGGGGCUGUAG